GUUGUCAUCCUCGCAUCUGCUGUAACAUGUGAGCCUAUCAACGAGAUUGAACAAGCACAUGUCCUGGAAUCCCACCUCAACGCACGAGAACAUGUCUUCCCUCCUGCCAAGAAUAUGCUCUUCAUGAAAUACUCGAUGACGUUGGAACGUCUGGCACAAUCUUGGGCCUCCCAAUGCCUUUUUAAGGCUCCCGACCCCUCUCUCUGUCCACUAUACUCCAAUGUUGGUUACAACAUUGCACUCGCCAGCGAAUAUAACCCAUCGCUGUCUGAAUAUGUCUGCCAGUGGCUAGGUGAAGCCCGGUUCUACAAUUUCAGUGCCAAUACAUGUAGCGAUGUCUGUAGCCACUACAAACAGAAACUUGUGCCAAAACGCAAAAUAGACAUAACUGGAACGCGUAGUAAUGCAACAGUUUGGCGUGUCACUUACGUGGUCGCAAGAACCUGUGCUAACAAUUCCACCGUCAAUGACGGCAGUGGAGCACUACAAAUAUGUGUACAUCAUGUAGACGUCAUCGUUUGGACACAAAAGGGGACUCAGACCGUGCGAGUUCGCCAAAUUCCAACUCUCGUGUCCCACGAGUUGAAAGGCUGUGACACGCUAGAGAAGUCGAAGGCAACCUGA